AAUUUAGGUAAAUUGAACACAGCUGCAUGUGCAAAAUAUAAUUUAUUCUUCAUGAUGGUGGCUAUAUAAUUGUUGCCAAAAACAUUUUUCAAACAUAAAGUGUUUCUUUCUUUUAUGCAAGAUGUCGAUGCGUGUUUUUGUGAUUUUUGUUUUAGUUGCUUACUGCAAUGCAUCAAAUAAUGCUUGUCAAAGUUCACAAAGUGAUUUUACAACGACAAAAAACAACGGUGAGAUUCUUUCACCGAAAGAUAUCAUUUCAACUCAUGCUGUUCCCAAUCACAUUGAAUGUUUCACGAAGUGUCAUCAACAGAAUCUAUGUGUUGGCUUCAAUUUCUUAUUUCAUGCAAAAGAACAUGAGAUAAACUGCCAAAUUACUAAUGCCAAAUUACAUGACAGCAAUUUAACGAAACUAGCCUCAGAAGGAAAAUGGACUUUUUAUCAAAGUCUACUACCGACGGAAAAAGACUGUGCAGAUCUCUACAAAAAAGGUGAAAAAAAGAACGGAGUUUAUGUAAUUGAUCCAGAUGGCCAGGGCACAUUCAGUGUCUUCUGUGAUAUGACGUCAUCUGGUGGAGGUUGGACUGUGUUUCAAAGACGUCAAGAUGGAAGUGUAAACUUUUAUCGAGGUUGGAAAGACUAUAAACAAGGUUUUGGCGAUCUUACUUCUGAAUUCUGGCUUGGAUUGGAUAAAAUAUACCGACUAACAUCUGCAAGAAGAAAUAAACUUCGUGUAGACCUGGGAGACUGGUCAGGAAACAAAAAAUAUGCUGAAUAUGAUUAUUUUGCUGUAAAGAAUGAAAAUAAAAAAUAUCAAUUAAGCAUUGGUAAAUAUUCUGGAAAUGCUGGAGAUUCAUUAUCUUAUCAUAAAAGCAUGGCGUUUUCAACAAAAGAUUCAGAUAAUGAUAACAAUCGUUUUGGAAAUUGUGCCACAACCUUCAAUGGUGCUUGGUGGUAUAAGAGUUGUUAUAUUUCCAACCUGAAUGGACACUACUAUAGUGGCAACCAAAACCAUUCCAAAGGUGUGACUUGGCAACGAUGGAAAGUUAAUAAAUCCUUAAAGUUCACUGAGAUGAAAAUAAAACCAUAAAGAAUUUCCAAAGACUGUGAUGUUAUAAAUUUGAUCAUUAUUUCUAAUGAAACUUUCAACAUAUAAUAAAAACAUUUUAGCUUUUAUGUCUUCAAAAAGAACCUUAAUAAUCAUUAUCAUUUAAAAAAGCAUUGAAAAAUUGUUAAAAAUGCUAUGGUGAAAUAAUAUUUUCCCUAAAAAUUAGAGCUGAUUUAGGUAAUUAUAUGAUUCUAAUGUUA